AUGGGCAGGCACCCCGGACAAGCCGACGAGCACCUUGUACUUGAGAGCUCCGGCGGACGCCCUGGACUGGCGCCGCCAGCGCUUCCAGACCUGGAAGAAGGGUGUCCCGAUCGGAACCGGACCGCGCAGAAAGUCCUCCAGAUCGUGGCGAGAGUUGAACUUGACGAGGAAGUCCUCCGGCGCAUAGCAACUGAUGGAGAACGCGAUCGUGACCGUGGGGCGGCUGCCACCGACCAGGGCCACAAGCGCCAGAGACGCGAGAGAGCGUCAUCGGCACGCCUUGACCCGGUGCUGCGUGCUGUGGCAGUGGAAGUAGCGCUACCGGAAGGAGCGGUCUGCCUUGACGUGGCCUCCGUCGAGGCAGUUGAAGCAGAACCCCACACAAGAGCCGGCAGCACCGGGCGGCGUGGCUUGGGCGGCGCGCGCCUACGCCAGCGACGGCGGCUCUGGACGAGAGUGAAGCCAUCCUUUUCGAUAGGGGUGGCAGCGGCGACCCCCCACCUGGGGAACUUGGGGACGACAUCCUAG